UACUAGCCCAGCGGUACAAAUAGGAUAGGAAUGAUAAGUUUGAAACAUAUUCUGUAAAAUAAAGACCUUUAAAUUAUGUUUUGGAAACAGCUUUAUCUGUUACUGUGGAAAAAUUUUAUACUCAGGAAAAGACACCCAGUACGAACUAUAAUAGAAAUCUUAUGGCCAAUUUUUCUCUUCGCAAUUCUGGUCGCCAUUCGUAAAACUCAACCGAUUGAUACAAAAGGAGAAUGUCACUAUCCAGGGCGUGCUAUGCCAAGUGCUGGUGUGUAUCCAUGGUUUAAAAGCUUACUUUGUGACCUGGAGAACCCUUGUUUUAGCAAGAUGGUGCCAUCAGAGGUGCCUGGACAAAUCAACUCCCCUGAAAAUGGAAACGGGAAUGGCCUUUUGAAUUCUCUUGGUGGAAUAUUUCAACUCAUCCAGCAAAAUACAUCAGUGCUCUCAAACCCUGGUCAAUUAAACAGUGAUCUACAAGCAUUAUUGAACCUCACGCAGUCUGUCAACACAUCACGCGUGGCGUUUUCCACUGUCCUCACAAAUGCAACAACAUAUGCUGAUUUUCUCACUACUAACCUGAGUCUACCGACUGCAACCGUGGAUGCAUUAUUGAACAGCACUGUUGCCCUACUACAAGUAAGCACUCUACAAGCGACACUCCAGCAGCGUAUAGUUGUGUGUAAUCCACAAACCUUUCAACUUACAUUCCAAUUCCCACCAACAUUCAAUACAACCACCGUGACCAACCAACUUUGUAAUUUAACCGACGCGCAACUGGCAUUGCUGUCCUCAUACACUGGCUCAAGCUUGGUUACCAUUCAGCCACUUGGACUUCUUCUUAAUCAAAAUUCGACUAACCUCAACGAAGUAUUAAAGAGGGUCACUGGUUACAGCAGCCAGCUACAAACUAUUAGUGGACCUGCAGCUAGUUUGCUUUCAUCAUCCCAGUCAGCUUCUGGAGGGUUGGGAUUAUUUACUGGAAAUUUUUCAUUUAAUGACUUCUGUGGUCACCCACAUACUAAAACAACACAAGCCUCUUCCUUGUUAACUGGUGGAAAUCAAAACCUGACGUCAGGCUUGCUUCAAAUUCUAACGACUUCUCAGUCCAGUGGACCCAUCAAUUCAACAGCAUUCUGUCAAAAUUUGACCUCAGUCCUUGAAAGCAACAAUCAAUUUAAGUUUCUUUGGCAAGUUCUAAAACCACUGUUAGUUGGAAAAAUUCCCUACACACCGGACACACCCCUAGUUCGCUCCAUAAUAAAAAGAGCAAACGCAACUUUUGAAACAAUUGGAAUUGUUCAAGAGUUCGGACAACUAUGGUUGUCAACCAAUGGACCAGCUCUUUAUAAUUUGCUUGAAAGUGGAGCUACAGUGCAAAGUUUGAGAACAAUUUUGAACACUACUCCUCUUAACACAUUAGCCACCUUGUUCAACACAUCAGUUUCAAAUGUGGAGCAAUUAAAAACUUUUCUAUCAAAUGAUUACAGUCCUACCGAUGGUAUAACAACAUGGAAGGACUUGUAUUACCAAUUAAAUUCUGGAAUAUUGCUCAUAACCAAUGUUCUCAGGUGUGUUGAUCUGAACAAGUUUGAAGGAUAUCCCAGUGAAUGGCAGUUAGUGGAUGAUGCUUUAUUAAGAACAAAGAACAAAACACUAUGGGGAGGAAUUGUUUUUCCGGAUCUUACAGCGACAUCUAAAACCCUUCCCAAGGUUUUAAAAUACAAAAUUCGCCAAGAUGCUAGUUCAGUUACUAGAACUACCAGUGUACAACGAUUUUUUUGGCGACCUGGUGCAGAAAGUGGCACGGGCCGUGUCAAGUAUUAUGUCAGCGGCUUCGUGCACAUUCAAGACAUGUUAGAAGAUGCCAUCGUAGAAGAAUUCCACAACCAGCACAAUAACGUGACAACUAGUAAUACCAAUUCCCAAAAUAUACUCGGAAAAUACCUUCAACUAAUGCCUUAUCCUUGUUUUACAAGAGACAGAUUUUUGGAAUAUUUAUCUGGUCUUCUUUCCCUCCUUAUGACCCUGGCUUGGAUAUAUUCUGUUUGUAUCAUCAUUAAGAAUAUUGUGUAUGAAAAAGAGCAGCGCCUGAAAGAGGUUAUGAAAAUGAUGGGCCUAAGUAACGGGGUGCAUUGGGUGGCUUGGUUCAUUAAUUCAUUCAUUCUCAUGUUUGUUUCAAUACUUCUACUUCUGAUGGUACUUAAGGUUGGAGAUGUGACACCAUACAGCAACAUGUUCAUUGUAAUGCUGUGGCUGUGUUGCUUUGCCAUCGCCACAAUAUCGCAAUGCUUUCUCAUCAGUUGCUUUUUUUCCAGGGCCAAUCUAGCUGCUGCAUGCGGUGGAAUCAUCUACUUUGUCCUUUACAUUCCAUACAACAUGGCUUAUGCAUGGGAGGACCGGAUGACAUUAUCAACAAAACUAGUUGCAUGUCUUCUGUCAACUGUAUCUUUUGGUUACGGAGCUGGGUAUAUAUCUCAAUAUGAAAUGUCAGGUGAUGGAAUUCAGUUUUAUAACUGGAACAAAAGUCCCGAUCCCUCGGAUGGAAUGAAUUUCCUCCUCUCCAUGCUUAUGAUGUUGGUUGACGCUGCAAUAUAUCUCAUACUAACAUGGUACAUCGAAGCAGUGUUUCCAGGUCAGUAUGGUGUUCCACGUCCAUGGAACUUCUUCCUGCAUCGAAGUUAUUGGUGUGGCAACACUAAACCUAGAGAUACAAGGGAUUCUCAUCUUGCUUUCCGUCAACAAAGCGACGAAGAAUUGAAAUUGGAAAAUGAACCAACACAUCUGAAACUUGGAGUUUCUAUAAAAAACUUAAAGAAAGUCUACAGCAAUGGAAAAGUGGCAGUUGACGAUUUGUCUCUUAACUUCUACGAAAGCCAGAUCACGGCGUUUCUUGGGCAUAACGGUGCGGGGAAAACGACGACUAUGUCGAUGCUCACUGGGUUAUUCCCACCUAGUGGUGGAACUGCGCAAAUCUACGGCAGCGACAUUAGAACUGAUAUGGAUUCAAUUAGACACGAGUUGGGCUUCUGUCCGCAACAUAAUGUUCUGUUUGGAGAUUUGACAGUUCUUGAGCACCUGCAGUUAUACGCUGGUUUAAAAGGAGCCAGCAGUGGUAAGGUACAAAGUGAAGAAGAAACAGACAGCAUGCUACGAGACGUGGGACUUCCUCAUAAGAAGAAUGAGGUCUCUCGUCAUUUAUCUGGAGGAAUGAAGCGGAAGUUGUCGGUUGCCGUAGCUUUUGUGGGUGGCUCUAAAUGUGUGGUGCUUGAUGAACCAACUGCAGGUGUUGACCCUUAUGCUCGACGAGGUAUAUGGGACUUAUUGUUGCAUUACAAACAAAACCGAACCAUUUUACUUUCCACACAUCAUAUGGAUGAAGCCGACUUACUCGGGGACAGAAUUGCCAUUAUCUCUCAUGGCAAACUUAAAUGUUGUGGUUCAUCUCUUUUCUUGAAAAGUUGCUUUGGUGUUGGGUAUUACUUGACCCUUAUAAAGGAAGAUAAAGAAGCUUCAGAUGCAAGUCCCAUACCUGAGAAACUACCACUACCGAAACUUGAUGAAGGUUUUGAGUCAAGUUUUAGUUCGAAACAAUCCCUCACUGUGUCCGAAGCUCCUUCCUCUUCCACAGCAGUGUCCUCCGCAUCCACUCCAUCAACUCUUCAUGAUGUUUCAUUCAUAGAGCCAAAAUCCACACAUUAUGAACACAUGGUAAUGGAAAUGGUAUCUGGGGCAAAACUUUACGAAGAAAAUGGACGGGAAAUUACUUUCGUUCUACCAUAUGCUGCUCAAGCUGAUGGAAGUUAUGUCAAGUUAUUUGAGAAAUUGGACGAUGCCAAAGUUAACUAUGGGUUGACUGAUACAAGUUUGGAGGAAAUAUUUCUCAAUGUUGCUGAACAGAAUAUUGAUGAAGGAAGAGAUGAGAAUAAAAAAUGCUGCAGUUGUUUUCCAAAACGUCGCAAAGCUUCCAUCACCCCAGCUUCAACACCAGAGUUUGAAAUGCGACGUGGAGUGCGUGCCCGACUUACUUCUCGGAGUAUUAGUUCAGAAUUUUCUGGAAUGUCUACUUCUCCGCUGGUACAUGACGACCAACCAUCUGAAGUCUUAGACGAUAGCUCACAACUGGAACUUGAUGAUGGUUCUCAGGGCAAAGGAGCUUACAAAGUUGAAGGAAAUAAAUUAGUUCGACAACAAUUUUUUGCCCUUUUUGUCAAAAGAUUCCACCACGCAAGAACCUCUCCCCUCCCUUUCAUACACGAUAAUGAUAACCUUGACACCCCCAUUAUACAAAACAAUUAUAACUUUAACACCCCCUCCUUUCAUACCAGCAAUGAUAAUACAUCAAACAGCAUCUCCAAUUCAGCAAGUGAUGCAUUUGUAAGCGACCCAAGCAUUGGCAUGCGGUGUGUGAAGGAUUACUCAGUUUAUAAUUACAACAAGAAAUACAUAACAUGCAACGCUCAAUCAAAUCAGGAGUGGGAAAUGGACGCAAGUCUCAAAGCUCUGAGUCAAAACUCAGCAUCCAACAACACCCUUGUAUGUUCUUGCACUGAUAAACAAACCAGAGUGUUGCUUGCAGAAUGUCCGAGUGGAACGGGGGGUUCCCCUACACCGAGAAUUGUGACUCAGACAAGCAACCCAAUGUACAACAUGACUCAGCGAAACAUAUCCGACUGGCUCGUUAAAACAGUAGAAGGAUUUAAACAAGAUAGAUUUGGAGGUUUAUCAUUUGGGGCCAAAUACCAUUCUACAUUGGGCAGCACGCUCUCACCACUAUUGCAGUUUGCGCUAAGCAAUAGUAACUUUACUCUUAACAUCAACCCUAACACAUCAAACACCGUGCAAUCUAUUAUGCAAAGGCUUGAAAGAACUGAAAACUCCAAGGUUUGGUUUGACAACAACGGAUGGCACUCUAUGCCAACAUGGCUUAACAUAAUGAACAACGCUGCAUUGCGAUCUUUACUGCCACCUACUGAGGAUCCGAGAGAAUACGGGAUCGCUGCGUUUAAUCAUCCCCUUAAUUUCACUGAGGCAGAAGUAGACCUGGCUGCUUUCACUCAGUCAGCAACGGACACAAUCAUUUCAAUAUCCGUGAUUUUUGCUCUUGCGUUCGUUCCCGCUAGUUUUGUACUUUUCCUCAUAGAAGAAAAAGUCAGUAAAGCAAAACAUCUUCAGUUUGUCAGUGGAGUCAACCAGUUCAUUUAUUGGAUUGCAAACUUUUCAUGGGACAUGUUAAACUACAGUGUUCCUGCUGUCAUUGUCAUCAUAAUAUUCCUUUGUUUCCAAACGGACGCGUACGUGUCAGCAUCUAACCUCCCAUGCCUCGUCUGUCUAUUGUUCCUCUAUGGUUUCUCUAUAACACCCAUGAUGUAUCCAGCAAGUUUUUAUUUUGAAGUCCCAAGCACAGCAUAUGUUGUAUUGACUUGCAUUAAUCUCUUCAUUGGAAUCAACACAAGUAUUGCCACUUUCAUUCUCGAGUUAUUGGAUGACCCUAACCUCACUGCAGUAAACGAUGUAUUGAAGAUUAUUUUCCUUGCGUUUCCACAAUACUGCCUUGGACGUGCUUUGAUUGACAUGGCCAUUAACCAAGCAUAUGCUGAUGCGUAUGCUGCAUUUGGUAUAAACUCUUUCAAAAAUCCGUUUGAUUUUGAUUUGGUUGGGAGGAAUUUGCUUGCGAUGGCAAUUGAAGGGGUCGUGUUCUUUAUUCUUACUGUAUUGAUACAGUACAGAUUUUUUAUCAAACGUGAUAAAGUAGAAGACUUGAGUAAGAUUCCUCACAACUCCAGUGAGGAAGACGACGACGUCGCUGCAGAGAAACAGAGGUUGCUUAAAUCAGAUGUCACAGAUAUUUUACGGAUCAAAAAUUUAACAAAAGUUUACACGAAAGUUGGAAGCAAGAAACGACUGUUAGCUGUAGAUCGUAUGUGUGUUGGAGUACCACAAGGUGAAUGCUUUGGUUUAUUGGGCGUUAACGGCGCUGGUAAGACGACCACAUUCAAAAUGCUGACUGGAGACAUUGCUCCAACUGCUGGGGAUGCUUGGAUAUGUGAUAGAAGUAUCAUGGAUAACAUAAGGGAGGUACAACAGAAUACCGGAUACUGCCCGCAGUUUGAAGCACUUAAUCAACUACUUACAGGCCGUGAGCAUUUGGAAUUUUAUGCCAAGUUACGCGGCGUUCCACCUGAAGAUAUUUCCAGAGUAGCAGAGUGGGGAAUAAAGAGAUUUGGACUCACCAUGUAUGCAGAUAAAACAGCAGGAACCUACAGUGGUGGAAACAAACGGAAAUUAUCAGCGGCGAUUGCAUUUAUUGGUUGUCCACCUAUUGUAUUUUUGGAUGAACCAACUGCUGGCAUGGAUCCUCUAUCACGUAGAUUCCUUUGGGGUAGAAUAUCUGAAGCUGUGAGUGGAGGAAGAUGUAUUGUGCUUACCUCCCAUAGCAUGGAGGAAUGUGAAGCGCUUUGUACAAGACUUGCCAUCAUGGUCAAUGGGAGUUUUAAGUGCAUUGGAGGACCUCAGCAUCUGAAAAAUAGAUAUGGAGAAGGUUACACCAUCACAAUAAAGGUAGCAGGCAACAUUGGGAACCUUGAACUUGUUAAAUCUUUCGUUGAAGAAUCUUUUCCAUCAAGUAUUGUGAAGGAAAGUCACAGUAGCAUGAUUAUGUAUCAAAUCCCACUAGAAGACACAAAACUUUCAUUUUUGUUUGAUGCUUUGGAACGAAACAAAAGUCGAUUAAAUAUUGAAGAUUAUUCUGUUAGCCAAACUACACUGGAUGAGGUCUUUGUAAGUUUUGCGAAGCUCCAAACUGAUGGUCUUGAGCAUGAAUACGGCCUCCAGCGUCCUAUAUUAGCAUCAGAAGGUGGCGCCGAAAAUGAUGACAUGGUUUUGCAUGAGUUAACUACCAAUUACUCUCACUACAAUCCAACCUAUGUCGCAUAAUAUCUUUUUUGUAAAAAGUUCAGGCCGCAUUUUUUCUGCAUUUGCGCAGCAUUCUGUCGGUUUUCCUGCCUGUUAUGCAACUUUUUAUGCACUUUUUUUCCUAUCAAAAAACCUGUAAGUCUUGCACUUUACUAGUUUUAAUCAAAACCAUAUUACUGUCCAAUCUUGCACUAUACAAUUUUAAUUUACCCUUUUAGAAAUCACUUUUCUUUACCGAGAUUAUGUAGUCACUUUUCUGCAGAAGCACAUUUUCCUUCUUUUUACCAUUUUACUGCGAAGAAUAAGAUAAAUUAUGCAACAAAACUAAUUAGCCAUCCCUGUUUUACAACAAUCUUACUUGUACCUAUAUUGUACAUAAAUUUGUUCAGAGUUUAAUUUUUUUAUAAUUAAGGUUGAAUUUAAACUUUUCCUCUACAAAGCGUUUACUAUACAUAAUAUAUCUAAUAUAGUAUAGGGUGGGGAAAGACGGGACACCUUUAGCACAGAAUAUCCAAAUAUCCUGAUUUUGUUUUAAGCAAUUAACAACGGUCUAUGGGAGUCAUGAGGAUAUGGUUUUAUAAUUAUUUGAAUGUUCUUUGUUUACUACUAAAUGUGACGAGAAAAUAGAACGAAAAAGUGUCCUAUCUUCCCCCAUCCUACUAUACCAUUUUUCUUGUGUAUUUAAUGCAUUGCACUAAUGAAAAUUUUACUAAAUAACUGUAUUAUUUAAAAAAUAUAUAUAACUAAAAUGUCACCUAGAUUCUACCCAUGCCACGACAAUGCAGUUUUGGAAAAUAAACGUUGGUUGUUGUUUUCUACAACUGUGCUA